AUGGCGGUGUGUCAGGAUGACCUGACUGAAGAGGAGAGAAGAAUUAUCAACGGGGUUCUACAACGAGCUGAGCAACUGGAGACACAGGAACAGCAACGCAUCGGGCGUCUGGAGCAGGAGCUGGACAGUGUGCGUCUGGCAGCUCAUGGUGACGGCGUGUCCACCUGCCUGCUGUGUGCGGUGGCCUUCAGUGCCAGGGGACCAGCUGCUGUGGCCUGCGACCAGUGCACAAAGUGGGUGUGUACACAGUGUGGUCUUCAGCGGACACGAGGCUCGCGGGCAGUGUGGUUCUGCAGGAUCUGCAGUGAGGAGGAGGAGGUAUCGAGGAGAUCUGGAGCCUGGUUCUUCAGGGGACAGACUAAGAAGGCAUUGGCACCGGCUCCAUCUGUCCCAGCACCUGCAGACUCCAGUACCCCAACCAGAUACGCUGAUGCCACUCACACAGAACCAGAUGACCCACCCAUAGACUCCAGAGCGCCCCCUUCAGGCACAGUAGCCCCAGCCGCAGACUUUAGGGUCCAGAGUCACCCCCCUGCAGUGACCGAGUCGCCUGUGUGCCCAGGGUCUGUGCACGAACAGUGUGCACGUGAGGAGCACAUAGGUCAGAAGCGUGCACGUGAGGAGUGUGUACACUUGCCAGAUGCCCAAGAAAUGAGACCUCAUGAACAGGUCACAGGUGUUCAACAACAUAUCCGAGCUGUGUCAGAGGUAGAGUACCAUGGCAACACUCAGUCAGAUGAGGGAAACGUUGGAGACUCAACCCUGAUCACAGGACAAGGAGGCCCCCUCCUGGCAGAAGCAUCUCCAUCUCUGCCUGUGUUACCAGGGAAACAGAGCCCCGCCCCUCCUUCAGGCCCGCCGCAGCCACCACCACCGCCCGCUGCAGAAGAGGCAGACGGCUACGACUCCGACGACACCCCAACUCUGGGCUGUUUGGAGUUCAGUCUGCUGUAUGAAGGGGAGACCAGCAGUCUACACUGCAGCAUCAUCAAAGCCAAGGGCCUGAAGCCAAUGGACUCCAAUGGGCUCGCUGACCCCUACGUCAAGCUGCACCUGCUGCCUGGGGCCAGUAAGGCCAACAAGCUGCGCACUAAAACAAAGAAGAAUACGCUCAACCCCGUCUGGAACGAGACUCUAGUUUACCAUGGCAUUACUGGUGACGAUCUGCAGCGUCGAACGCUCAGGCUGUCCGUGAGUGACGAAGACAGGUUUGGCCAUAACGAAUUCAUUGGCGAAACCAGAGUCGCUCUGAAGAAGCUCAAGCACAACCAGAAGAAGGAUUACAGUGUAUGUCUGGAGAGGGUCAUCCCGGUUAAGAGGACAGCAGUUGGCGGUUCUGUCCGAGGCAUGGCUCUAUAUGAUGACACGGUGACAGAGGGGGCAGAGGCGGAAGAAAGGGGGCGUGUCCUAGUGUCUCUGACCUACAGCAGUAAGAAAGGGGAGCUUCAGGUGGGAGUCAUCCGCUGCGCUCACCUGAUCGCCAUGGACGCCAACGGCUACUCCGACCCCUUCAUCAAAAUUUGUUUGCAGCCUGACAUGGGGAAGAAAGGCAAACGGAAGACUCAGAUAAAGAAGAAGACUCUGAACCCUGAAUUUAAUGAGGAUUUCAGUUUUGAGGUCAAACACGGUGACCUGGCCAAGAAGACACUGGACAUAUCUGUCUGGGACUAUGACCGCGGCUCGGCCAAUGAUUUCAUCGGUGGUUGUCAGCUGGGCAUCUCUGCUAAAGGGGAAUGUCUGAAGCACUGGUACGAGUGUCUGAAGAACAAAGACCAGCGGAUUGAGCGCUGGCACGUGCUCCUCAACAACCAGCAGCCGCUCAGCGACUGAGAAGUCCUCUCCCUACAUCCUCAGAGACGGAUAAGUCCUCUCCCUACAUCCUCAGAGACGGAUAAGUCCUCUCCCUACAUCCUCAGAGACGGAUAAGUCCUCUCCCUACAUCCUCAGCGACUGAGAAGUCAUCUCCCUACAUCCUCAAAGACUAAGAAGUCCUCUCCCUACAUCCUCAGAGACUGUUAAGUCCUCUCCCUACAUCCUCAGAGACUGAUAAGUCCUCUCCCUACAACCUCACUGAUAAGUCCUCUUCCUAGAGAUGACACCUGACUCGUAGCUGUGCUCCAGUCAGAUGUUAGAGAUGAAACUUGACCUCUCACUGUGCUCCAAUCAUACUGCAGAGAUGAUGUUUGAUUCAUCUUUCUGUUCCACCCUGUUACCAUAUUUUUCCAUUCCGACCUUUUAUCAAUUAAGCUUCAGUAAUGUUAUAUCAUUCCUCAGAUAACACAGAUCUCCUUGAUUAGUGAAUUGUGAAUCAAAGCAGUUUGUGGACAGUCAUGUUUCUGAUAUGUUUUGAGAUAUUUUGUGAAUCAGUUAAACGGUAACAAUGUCAUGGCUUGAACCUGCAUUCCAAAAACAGUGGCCAUUUUGGUUUUCACUGCAUGGGUUGAAUUUGUCGUCUUAUCAAAUAUAGCAGGAUGUUGUUUUGUUUUGACUUUUGUAACGCAACCUUGAGUUUG